AUGUACUGGAAAGUUGCAAUCGCAGGCCUAGCAGGCCUAGGUACUGUGGUAAAUGCCGACGCUAACGGCCAAUUCGGGAUCGACAGCUGCCCAGCCGGUUAUGCCCCUACCACAUACGUCGUGACUAGGGUGAUAAAUUCGACAACGAGGGUCAACGAUUGGGCAACUGGCUUGCCUACGGCCAUCAGCUGGCAAGCUACUUCGACCCAGGAUGGGGUGUGGACACCUUCUUCCUCUACGACCAGUGUCGACAAAACAAAAACAGGCGCUACUGGAUCUGCACCUACUCAGGCAAAUAACUAUUCGCCGACUGUGCCUGCUAGUGUUAGUAGUUCCCCGGUGAUUGAGCCUUCUCAAAGCUCGGCAUUGUCUUUGCAACCUUCGCCGUCGCCGCUGGCCGGUGGUGUCGUCCACGGACAGGCCACUUCCUAUGACGAUGGCGAAGUGAGUGGUACAUGUAUGUUUUCCACAGCUGACUACACCCUCCCGGCUGGAAUAUAUGGUGCGGCUCUAUCUGUGAACAACUGGGACAGUGCCGCAUGGUGUGGUGCCUGUGUUUCUGUCGUUGGGCCAGGCGGGAAAUCAGUUAAAAUCAUGAUUGUUAACCAGUGUCCCGGAACUUGUGGAUUAAACAAUCUUGAUUUGCUCCCCGGUGGCUUCCAACAACUGGCAGACCUCAAAGUCGGCCGAAUCAACGUGGACUGGGAGAUCGUCAAAUGCAACAUCAGCAGUCCGCUGUUCCUGAAAACCCAAACAGGAUCCUCUAAAUACUGGUUCAGUAUACAAGUGGUCAACUCGAAUGUCCCGGUUAAGUCGCUUGAGGUUAGCACCGAUGCUGGGCAUACCUGGCAGUAUCUGAGCCGGCAAGAAUACAACUUCUUCCAAAACCCUAGCGGCUUUGGGGUGGACUUUGUUGAUGUUCGCAUAACGAGCGUCACGGGUGAGACGAUCGUGGUGAACAAUGUCAACAGCGCCGCGGAAACCCGGGCUGACGCUACAUCAAACUUCCACUGA